AUUUUAUAUUUCAGUGAAAGAUUUUAUUAAUUAAUAUUACUGUAAUAUUUUUAUAUGUGUACUAGUUAUUUAUAAAAUGUUUAUGGAUUUAUAAUUUUGAAGUUAAAUUUGAAAUUUUGCUUUUGAAAAAAAGACUUUGAAACUUCAAAUAUAAAAUUUUAAAAACUGUAAAAUAGAGAAUCUUUUUGGAGAUGCUCUUAGUAUAAUAAAUUUUUAAUCUUCGGUAUUCAAACUUCCGAGUCAGUGCUUGAAAAAAUCGUGAGUCUAUGUGCAGCCUUUGUAUAGUUAGGACCAGAGUUAACUCAUAAAAAUAAAUGUAGAAAAAAAUAUUUUGAAGCAAAACACAAUUUUACAGUAACUUAUAUUAUGAAACAAAUUUAGUAUUUUAUUAAUUUUUCUGUUCGUUUGCACAUUUUUGUCAAUAUUUUUUGGUCAACAUUACAUACUCCUAGUUUUAGCCGUCUUAUAAAGAUCUUUUGAAUUUUGAUUUUUUUAGAUUAGGGCCUUUUCUGCACCUAGUUUUGGGAAAUCUCCAUCCAAUUAAAGAAUAGCUAUUUCCGAUAAAGACUUAAUUGCAUCUUAAAUUGCAUGUCUAGAUUCAUGUAAAAACUCUAGGGAAAUCGAAGCCUAAUAGGCUAAUAGCGUUCGGCUGUACUCUUCUCUUACUUAUAUAUCUCAUGGAAAUUUCUUACCCCAUAGACAUGGCUGGGCUUGUAACCUCAACAAGGCAACAAAGUCCCUCCAAUGGAAAUCAAAUUAGUUCAUCUUCAAGAUCUUUGGGAGGUGAAAAUGAUGAUACAAACUGCUCGGCAAAGCUGCUUGACUUAGAAGCUCUUAACUGUCCUAUUUGCUGCGUCCCACUGACUAGUAAUAUCUUCCAGUGUGACAAUGGACAUAUAGCUUGCCCUACAUGUUGUAACAAACUGAGGAACAAAUGCCCUUCUUGUGCUCUUCCUAUUGGUCUUAUUCGUUGCCGAGCAAUGGAAAGGGUGAUUAAGGCAGUCAUUGUCCCAUGCCCAAACUCUAUGUCUGGUUGCAUAAAGAAGUUCUCAUAUGGGAAUGAGUUAACUCACGAGAAGGAAUGUAGUUUCUCUCGUUGCUACUGCCCUGCACGGAAUUGCAAUUACACUGGCUCUUAUAAGGAUCUAUACUCCCACUUCAAAACUCACAAUAGUGAAAGGGGAUAUAGUUACAAAUUUCUUUUUGGGGAGUUUGCUGAAGUUUACUUUGUAUUGACUGAGUAUACUUCAGUUGUUAUGAGGGAAAAUGAGGCCGGCCUACUGUUUGUCGUUCAGUGUUUCAGUGAGCCAUAUGGUGUUUAUGUGACUGUGAGCUGUAUAGCUCCUUCUGCUGAUGAAAUUGGUGAGUUCUCUUGUUUCAUCUCCACUACUGCGGUCAAUUAUAGUAUCCCUCAUAAUAUCAUGACAUUUAAAUCACCGAAGGUCAUGAAAAUUCGGAAAUUGAGUUCUGAAACUCCUGAAAAGGAUUUCUUCUUGGUUCCUUCCUUCUUCUUUCCUGGACGUCAAGCGUUGAAGUUGCGGAUUUGUAUCAGCAAGUUGGAACAAGAAUAAGAAAGCUGCAAGGAAGAUAAAAAUGCAGUUUAAAUUUUCAUGUCUUUUUUUCUUGUUUGCUCUUCUAAUAAAAAGAAACUAGAUUUUGACCCGCGCUUCGAAGCGCGGGUUUUUUAAUUUAUAACCUAUACAUGUUAGAAAGUUUUAUUCUAUUGAAAAAGAGAAUUUUUUUUUAAAUUAUAUAAUUUAUGGAAGUGUCUAUUUGAGAUUAUAUAUAUACACUUAUGUAACUUUAUCUCUGUUAAACUUAAAUAUUUUAUCCGGACUUGAAAAAUGAAUUGAAACUGAUUUCAAAAUAAAAUUCAGGUUCGGUUCGGAUCCAGGACCAUGACAUGUCUCAAUCGACUCCGGUCAUAUAUCCGAAAUCCGAUCAGGUAUCCAAAAUAUAUCGGGUAUCCAAAAUAUUUGGAAUAUUUUGUGUAUAUUAUGUAUACUUAGGUUUUUUUAAAAUAUAGUAUUAUAGCCGAAUAACUAAUAUCUAUCAUGUUAACUGCACAUUGGACAAAAAGAAAAUAUGUUAAAAGAGUAACACAUGAAAUAAAAUCAAGCUAACAUAGAAUAAAUAAAUCCAGAAAACCUUUUUUUUUAACUAAAAAAAAAACAAAAGACUCGAUUAUGGAAGAAGCUUACAAUAACAGUUUGCGUUUUACUCUAAAUAAAAUGAAAGUGUUACUAACUAAACCAAGUCAAAUGACAAAAAAAAAAUAUGCAUACCAACCAAAUAAAAUGACUAUAUUUUAUCACCCAUUAAAAUUAGUUAUUAUCAAAUAUGUUUGAAACUUAUUGAAGUUAGUGAUUAGUAUGUUCAGCAGAUUUUUAUUUAGUUGAAAUAAUAUAAAAUAGAAGUUAGUGAUUAGUAUUGCAAACCGCUUAAUAUAUUUUAGUGGGUCGUAUAUGUAUCACACAUACUGUCUCUAUAUCAUAGUUCAUAUAUAUGAUUGGGUGAAAAAUACGUACAGCUGAAUCUGGUUUGGUAUUUAGCCGUCGGAAAAUUGUUUCUGUAAUGUAGUAAUCUUGUUUAAUAGACCGGUUUGGUAUUUAGAUUACAGUCGAAUGAUAUUAUGUGAAUAGUGCAAUCUAAAUAAUUUAUGAGGUGGUUAUAAGGUAGUUUUUUUUAUAAAGGUUAUAAGACAUUGUUCAUAAAACAAAUCUAUAUUAUUAAAACAACUUAAUAUUAUUUAAUAUGUCGGUUGUUUACCCAUAUAAAAUUGUUAACCAAAAUAAAACUCGUGAAAGUAUUGUACUAAUUUUAAAAUUAAACCACAUUUAAUAUGUACACAAAUUGGUUCAAUUUCAAAAUGUCAAACCAUCAUGUUUGAUCUCCUUUCCACGUAAAUUUUUAAAAUUAAACCACAUUUAAUAUGUAACAAACUGGUUCAAUUUCAAAAUUUCAAACCAUGUUUGAUCUCCUUGCCACAUAACUAUGUACAUACUUUUUUUUAUUCAGCGUAACAACCAAAAGAGAAUAAUAAGGUAAGUCUAAUCAAUAGGUGCAAUAACUUGUUGUAAGUAGAUUUCUUAAAACUCCUUCCCUUUUAAUAGUAUUGAUUUUCAUGACUAAUUCCUUUCUAUAUAUGUUACAAAAUAAAAUAAAUGCUUUUUAUUAGAAGAGGAAACAAUUACAUUUACAUAUGCAGUCAAGGCUAAUGUGUUACAUGCACUAAAUCAAUUUUAGUUAAGUGUUAUUUUGGAAUUAUAUAUUGACAAACAAAAUAAUUGACUUUAAUAACAAAAAAAUACACGUAACUAAAGAAACUAAAAAACUAAUCCAAAUAGCUUUAAAAUCUGAUUAGUUAUACAAUUAACACAUUUUAUUUGAUAGAUUAUUACUUUCCUCUUGUUAAUCUAAUAUCUAUCCGUCUUAAACAACUAUUUUCCUUUUGAGUGCUACUAUCUUCAUCUGCAGACAAAUCUGCAAAUCUAAUAACAAAAAAAAUAUAUUUAAGAAAAUCACAUGUAUCUUAACACUAUAUAACAGAAAAGUGCAUAAAUGUAAAUCGAUUAAUAGUUUUUUCAAGAAAAAAAUGUAAAUUGAUUAACAGUACUAUAACAUGUAAAAUGACGUCAACAUAUAAGACAGAAGAGUGAUAAUUUGCAUAAUAAUUAUUAUGAUUAACUAAAAUAGUUUUAUUAACAAUUCACAUUAAUCUAGUUACCUAUGUCAUUUUCACGUUAUUCAGUGGUAAGAAGAUGACCUAGCCUUUCUUUUGCCCUAUAAUAAACAUAAUAACCAAAACUUCUCUGUGAAUAAAAUUCAACUCAAAAAGAUUGAAAGUUUUCUGAAAGAAAAUAUCAAAAUACUCACGUUCGUUGUCUAUUUUUCUUUCUAAGAAUAAGCUAUUGAGCCAAAAAAAAAAACAGAUUUGUAAGUAAGCAAUCUCUUUUUUGUUUGUCAAAGAAAAAAAAAGUAAUAAUCUACAAACAUAUCUGUAAAAACUUAUUAUUAUUAUUUUUUUGUUAUUAUUAUUUUUUUUGUAAAAACUUAUUAUUACCUCAACUGUUGUUGACAAUGCUUUGAUUUAUAUUCGUUUUUUUGAAGAAUUAAGCUGAGGAAAUUCAAUUGACAUCUUCACUGUGAAUCAUGCAAAAAAGAGUAAUUAUAAAAGUGUAUCAGUUUUCUGAACUUAAAGUGUGUGUACCUUUUCAUCAAAGUGUAUGUACUUUUUCAUCCAUUAGGAUAGCUUUCAUCCCGAGAAAAACUUCAAGUUUAUGUUUGGGAUAGUAGUCCCAGAUCCGAGAGACCGCACUCUGAUUUUCUAUUUUUUAGAUGAAUUGAAUGACAUCUUCAACCUGAGUUCUGCACAAAGAGAGAAAGGAUUAUUUAUUAGAGAAGAAGAGAAUAAUUAUUCUAAGAAAAUUGAUAGAAAACAAAACAUAAACUUGGAGCAGAGGUUUUAGAAUUGACGAUAGUGAAAAGAGAGAGAGAUGAAACGAUGGUAAAAAAAGAGAGAUGAAUUGAUGGCGAAAAAGAGAAAGAAAAUAAUAUAUAAACUAACUUUGUUCAAGAAAAAGUAAUAUUUAAACUAACUUCAUGGUUGAUCGUAUGAUGAUGAUGAUGGUGGUAAGUUGAGAAUAAUUAGGAAAUUACUUUGUGUGAUAAAAACGUGGGUAGUUUAUCCAUGUUUUUCUCUUUUUAUUAUUAAAUUAAUUUAUAGCAAAUAUAUAUAAGAAUUUUUAAAAUAUAAUUGACAAAAACUCGUAGAAAAGUUGAUAUCAAAAUUCAUAUUAAUAAGCGUAGAAAAGGUAAUAAUAAUAAUUGAUUAUGGAUACACAUGGGUGAGAGUAGUUCUUCAUAAAAACGUGACGUAUAUUUAUCGUUGCAGGAAAACUAAGAUCCAUAAAACAAUGGAACUCUUACUUUUUUUUUAUUAUGUGCUGUAGACACGAUGCAAGAAUGCAAUGAUUGUUUGUUUUAUGUAAAGCUUUGCCCUGGGCACAAUUUAGAGAAACAUUAACCUUGAAUUCUUGAUUGUAAAAUUUCAAAAUUUAGAGAAUUCUUUGAAGAUAUGAUACUUGUGUCACAGAUACAAUAUAUAGAAGAAAGUAGAUUAAUUUAUGUAGGAGAUAAUAAAAUAGUUUCAAAAAUUAUAAGUUAACGUGAGUUUAAAAAAUAAAAAAAA